GAAGGAUCCGAUGGCACCGUUUCAUUCUUCAAUAGACUCUGCAUUUAAAACAUCCUUCCAUUUUCGUAUGUUCUCCUCUCCCUCUUCAGCUUCUUCCUUAACAGUUUUCCCCACCUUGUCGUUCCACCGCCGCCUGGCUACAAUGGGAGAGGACGGCGAUGAGAGGGAUUUGGAGCAGUUCCGGGUGACGGUGGUGGGAAGCGGCAACUGGGGAAGCGUUGCCGCCAAGCUCGUCGCUUCGAAUACCCUCAGACUUCCAUCCUUCCGUGUGAGAGAGGCAAACAUGCUAGUUUUUGUGACUCCACACCAGUUCAUUGAGGAAAUAUGCGGGAAGCUGGUAGGAAAAAUAAGGUCUGAUGCUGAGGGAAUCUCUCUUAUUAAAGGCAUGGAAGUAAAGAAAGAAGGACCAUGCAUGAUCUCCAAGCUUAUUACAGAUACGCUUGGCAUCAACUGUUGCGUUCUCAUGGGUGCAAAUAUUGCUGAUGAGAUAGCAUUUGAAAAGUUUAGCGAAGCAACUAUAGGCUAUAAGCACAGCAUGGAAGUUGCACAGAGAUGGGCAAAAUUGUUCGGCCAACGAUAUUUCCUAGUUUCUGUAGUGCAAGACAUAGAAGGUGUUGAGUUAUGUGGUACGCUAAAGAAUGUGGUCGCCAUUGCUUCAGGUCUUGUUGAUGGCUUGGACAUGGGAAAUAAUACGAAGGCUGCAAUCAUGAGGAUUGGCCUGCGAGAGAUGCGUGCAUUAUCCAAACUGUUAUUCUCAUCUGUAAAAGACAACACCUUUUUUGAGAGCUGCGGUGUUGCUGAUGUUAUUACAACAUGCCUUGGAGGAAGGAACAGGAGAGUUGCAGAAGUCUUUGCCAGGACCGGCGGUACAAAAUCUUUUAGUGAGUUAGAAGCUGAACUACUGCAAGGGCAAAAAUUGCAGGGUGUUUCAACAGCAAAAGAAGUAUAUGAAGUUUUGAGUCACCAUGGAUGGCAGGGCUUAUUUCCACUUCUGACAACUGUGCAUAAGAUCUGUAUUGGUGAGCUUCCUCCAACAGCAAUAGUUGAAUACAGACCUUACAGAUCUCAGUCAGAUAAAAUCAACUUUCUUUUGAUCAAAAUAACUUUGAAUCUGGUUUUUGAGUAUAGUUCUCCAACGUGACUCGAGAAGUUAUGAUAAGGCUGACAUAACUAUUAACAGCUGUCCUCUAUACCAUAUAAAUUUACUUCAAUUUUUAGCUGCCUUAACCAGCAUGGAAAUACAAUUGCUACAGAAAAGGAUCACAGACCCUAAUUUUAAUGAAUGCCAGUUGCAAGCAUUGCUUUUGCUUGAAACUUGGAUUUUUCUUCAUUUGUCAAAUAUAUAUAUAUUUUUUUUGGCAUCAUC